AUGUCUUCUAUUAAUUUUAUUCCUAGUCUAUUCCUAAUAAUAACGGCACAUACAUGCAUGGUGGUAACAUUGUUUUGGAAUAGAAACUACUAUGUUAAAAAUUCUAUGGCACCUAAUUCAGAAAUGGAUGUAGAUUUAUUUUAUGAUUUGGAUACAUCUCUCUCAAUAAAUCUAUCAUUAUCAUCAAUAUUUUUGUUAUUUGAAUUAAUAUUACUUUUUAGAAAAGUAUAUUCAACACCAAUUAACAUUUUUUUGUUAUUUAAUCAUACAUUUGGAAUAAUAAUUCUUUUAAAAUUCAUUCUCCAUUAUCAUCCAGUGCACCAUUUUUGGAUUCAUUUUGCGUUAUUUUCUGUACCUACAAUUUCAAUACCUGUUGUACAAUUAUUUAGAGAUUUAUCUAUGAAGAAAUCCUGCUAUUAA